UUUCUCCUAGCUACUGGCUCCUAAGAGCACUUUUGUAGGCGUCGAGUGUGUGUAUCUUUGCUUCACUCUUUAGAGAGUACCAUUAUUAAUAAAUUACCUACGCCAAAGAUAUUUCUGUACACUUUUUUUUUGUAAAGACAUCGAGGUUUCAUUUGCCAAAAAGUAAGAACAACAUAAGAACAUGACCCAGUAAAAGAAAAGUAAUGUGUUUUUUCAAAAUUUGUUUUCUUGUUAACAAAACUACUGAAAAUAUCACGCAAAACUGUCAUUAAUGUUCUGGGAAACAACUGAUAGUAUUUACUUGUAGAGAAAUCUAUUUUGAAAUAAGAAAACUAAGAGCACGCGAGCCUAAAUUUAUCCAAAAUAGUAAUGUUGAGCCUUGGCAAAAAUCAUCUGGUUCUCAAAAAAAGAGUGUAUAACUGCUGCGGAAAAUUUUCCUUCUUGAAUAAAAGACCUUGUGUUCAUCUAUAAUGCCGUCGGAAGAGGGAGUGAUAGUCUUAAGCCCCUAAAUAAUCGUCAAUCUUUGUUUAAUUAUGUAUAAUAAACUACUGAAAUGGAAGCAACAAAUGGAUUGCUGUUUCUUGAGACCCCUCCCGUCAUUCCAUCAUUAAUCUUUCCUACUUAGUCAAUGUACAGCACCGUAUACAGUUGCUGUUUGUCUAGUUUCUCCGAGUAAUUUGAUCUCAGCCAUAAAGAAAUCACGAGUUUGUUGCCAUAGUUUACCUGUAACUGUAAGUUGUAUCUAUGCACAGUGUAUAAUAAGUGAGGACUAAGAGUAAAGGCUCAGGGAGCUAGUAUUUUGUUUUCCUUAUCAUUUAUUCAUGCCAUUCGAGUUAUAUAGACGUAAGACUUGUGGCUUAUUCAGACGAUGCCUUUGACUAUUUAACUCACAUUCAUGUUAUGGAGUAAAGUGAAUAGCAAGGUGCACGUGUUUUAAGGCUGUGCGGCUCGUGUCAUCAAUUGCUUAUUGGCAUGAGCAACCAACUUUUCUAUCAGUUUAUCUAAUUCAUUUGCUUUAAACGGCGAAUUACAGUCCUAUCAGAAAUUUGCGAGUUACCAGAGCAGGAUAUAAUCAUCAUAGUAUAUUUUUGUUGGUUGUUCAUACGCACCUUGAGGAGACAUAGGCAUGUUGAAUUCUGAUGGUUUUGCAGCAUAAUCAAUGAAUUGGUAUUUGAACGAGUAAUAAAUUAGGAGUCGAUUAUUAAGUCAUCGAUGAUGGUUGAAUCGUUAUUCGGCAAAAGUAUCAAUGCUGGAAUACAAAAAUUGAGGAAAAGGCUUAGAAUCUACCAGGUUGUUCCCCCGGAUGACAGUGCUUCAGAACGUGCGUUGUCAGAUGGCCAUUCAGUCAAGUCAGGGGGUAAAGAGUCAGGGAAUCUCUCUGGAAGUGAAAAGGCAUCGUCAAAGGGCAAAGAUCGAGGAGGCUUUGAAUCUGAGGCGGAAUCGAUCGUUUCAAGGAGAAGUUCUCGGAGGUCAGCAAGACGUUCCGAUAGCGAAGCCGGUCGUGCUCCUCAGCAGAGGACAAGCAGACGGCAUCAUGGCGGCUCGGAGUACGACAGUUCCUCAAUGAUGAGCAGUGACCUCGAUUCCACGAGUUUUGUAGAUUCAGAUGAUGAAAGCAGACUAUCAAGCGCCACGGAAAGUUCGCGUUACAGUCAAAGCAAGCACAGACGACGUCGACGCAGACAUAGAAUGCCCAGGGUGGAGCGAUGUUCCUCGUUCAGCACCAUCACUGAAUCAACAAUGUCGCUGAACAUCAUCACAGUCACGCUUAAUAUGGAUAAGAUAAAUUUUCUGGGAAUCAGCAUCGUCGGCCAGUCGAAUAAACGCGGUGAUGGCGGAAUCUAUGUUGGCUCUGUCAUGAAGGGUGGUGCUGUCGAUGCUGAUGGAAGAAUAGAACCCGGAGACCUGCUUUUAGCCGUCAACGAUGUUAACUUCGAAAAUAUGAGCAACGAUGAUGCCGUUCGAGUUUUAAGAGAAGCUGUACACAAACCAGGCCCAAUAACGUUAACUGUUGCAAAAUGCUGGGAUCCAUCACCGAAAGGUUAUUUCACAGUUCCUAAGAAUGAUGGUGUACCUGUAUCCAUAGGUGAUGAACCAGUUCGACCCAUCGACCCGUCGGCUUGGAUUCAGCACUCAGAGGCUGUGAGAGCUGCUGGAGGACUGUUAAGUCGACCUCAAGGCCCUGGCAGUCCGUCCCUCAGCAAUAUGACUUCUACCAGUUCAUCGCUCACAAGUUCAAUACCCGAAGCAGAUCGCUACCUUGACAAUCCAGAUGGCUCCAUUGGACUUGGCCUAACCAUUGAAACUGACAUGUUAACCGUUGUCAAAGCCAUGGCUUCAAGUGAUUCCGGAUUGGAUGUCAGGGACAGAAUGUGGCUGAAAAUAACGAUUCCUAAAGCGUUUAUAGGUGCUGACUUAGUCGAUUGGUUAUACACACAUUUAGAAGGAUUCCAAGAUAGACGAGAUGCCCGUAAAUAUGCUUCGAAAUUACUCAAGGCACGAUUGAUUCGACACACGGUGAACAAAAUAACGUUCUCUGAGCAGUGUUAUUACGUUUUUGGUGAUCUUUGCGGAAACUUGACAUCACUGACACUGAAUGACAUCGACGGAAGCGACGAUCAAGACACCUUGGCUCCACUUGCAUCCUUACCCGGUGGCUCCAGCCAAAUCGGUUGGAUCGGAAUGCCACAGCCAAUGCCAGGCGGCUCCCAGGUAGGCCAGAUCUACCCACAAAUGCCACCACCGCCCAGUUAUUCACAGGUCCAGCAAGGCUACGGCAUGCCAACUGACUUGCAAUACGCUCAGUAUGCCCAGUUUAUGGUUCAACAACAAGGAGUAGCUAUGAUACCAUCUUCAGCUCAAAGUGUCAGCAGUGGCAGUGGCUCGCAAAGAAGUGGCUCUCAGAAGAGUGCUUCACAUAAGGAGAUGGACCGGGAGACCGUGCGCAGCAGUGGCUCAUCGGAAAGGAGUGCAGCCAGUAGCAGGCUAGAGAAACCGGACGACAAGGAUCGUAUCAGCUUACGGGACGAUAUUAGUGUAAGCGGAAGUGAAAUGGGUAGAGACUUGGCCUCUGUACCGUCGAGUAUUAGCGGAAGCAGGCAGAGUUUUCGCAUGGCAAUGGUCAACCCAAUGAAUGAGUUUUUCGUUGACGUCAUGUAGUGCAUUUUCAAGGUAUUUUGACUUGACAGGGCAGGAUUCCGAGUGGAUGACAAGCAUUCUGAAUUUUAAAAAGAGGUUUCGUUUAUGCCUUAUGUGUCGAAUUCGGAUGUUGCCGCUUUUUACGAAAACAAUCUCAUCUUCCGUUUGAGGUACUUCAUGAAUGACCCGUAAAUAUUAUUCAAGACUUAAUGCUUGGACAAUAACACAAUGUUUCGCUCCAGGCUUCAAAAGGGCAAUAUGUUCGAAUAUUGUGUGAUGCGAUGAUUUCCUAAAUCAUAAUUGCGGCCUACAGGAAAGAUAUUUAUUUUACAGAAAUGUUUUGUUAUCUGCUGCUGGCUUUGUGGAGUCAAGAAAAAAGACAUUCGUAACAACAUGAAUACGGGGCAAACUAUGAUGAUGGAAAAGAAGAAUGUUCGGAUGUUUUUGCCCGGACAGUUUUUCUUCCCGGACAAUGGCCUACUUACCGGAUAGUCUUUUUUACCGGGCAGUCGUUUUCUCCUCGUAUUCUUUUUGCAAUGAUGAACCAGGAACAGUUGAAGGACGUCCAAGGGAGAUAAAAAUUUAUAUUCGCAGUUUUAUCAACUUGAGCCUUAAUUCUUCUAAGAUGAAUUUUUGGAGGACGUGGCCAUAAACCUGCAACAUCUUCGUUUUCUGUCAUCCACUGGUUUUUAUUUAUGCCAUUUUUGUUGUCAGUUAGUGCGUUCUCAUCAAGCAAUACCCGAUGGUGGCUGUUUGGACUUGCAUUUGCAUAUAUUUAAGUUUUUUACUAGGUAUAAUUAUGAAUUUAUUUUUGUCAAUAAUGAAGUAUUUUUGUUUCAUGUUUUUGAUGUAACAUCGCAUGACUUGUUUUUGCGUGUUUCAUUCAUUUCCAUCAGAAUACUUUUCCUUCAUUUUCAGCUCUAGUUUCAUUUUCUCCUCAUACUGGUAAAGAUCUUUCAUAGAUUUUAGCUAGAAUUUAUCGAACCACUGGCUUCUUUCCAAAAGUUCUCGCAACCCAAUCCUUAGAAAUAUGUCUAUAAAUGGAUUUGAACUUUCCAUAGUCUAACAAAAUUGUAUCUAAGAUUGUAUGGGAAUUCUAAUAAUAUAGGUUUAUAAUCUCUAACCGCCUGUCUCCUAAAGAUAUUGAAUUAAAAUAGACUCCAACCCUACUUUAAUCUGUUAUGUACUCCUGUUAUCAAUUCGCCAUUUUUGAUCAUUUGCUCUUCCGCUGAAAACGUACUUUCUUGUUGUUAAUUUUUAUAAUAUGUACUAUAGCGUGUUGUCGAUUUAAAGUGAGCUAACCUAGCAGAACAAAAUAAACUAGAAAAAAUGUUAAAAAUAUAUUGUCAAUUUUGCGAAUAGUUGUCAGCUGAUCAACAGGAACUGAUUUUUUUAUGUUUUAAUUAAAUAAAUGCGUCAUCUACGCGAGGAAAA